AUCUAAAACGACAGCGCUUUGAAGCUAAAGGAGACUACUGGACUCGCACCGCAGCAUCCCCUACGUUCAGAUAAUUGAAAAAGAGUUCAAACUUACCAUUAUAGUGGCUAUGGGAUACAAAAAUGGUGUAAGGAUUCCUCUAGGAUCUGUGCCUGGAUUUCAUGUAGCAUUUUCAUCCGAUGAUGCUGCACUAGGUUCCUUGGAGAAGAAAACAUCACAGAACAUGACUUUUCCAAGUGGCUUUGAGAUUGGAGACUUUGAGAUACAUCUGAAACGGAAUGUUGGGGCAACAAAAGCACCUUUGUCCAAUAUUCCCCCCACGAUAGCACCACCUAUUCCAACUAAACCUAUAAAUGAGUCAACUCCUGUAGCAGCUGCUGUUGCCCCAUCACCUCCCCCACCACCAAAAUCCUCUCCAGAAAAAAUCACUACAUUUACAAAUGUCUCCUUUGGGAAGUCAUCAAAGUUACUAAUUAUGUCCUCGUAUCUUCUCCAGUGGUAUGUGAUGCUUAUAGAGUGUAAGGAUCCAUUUUUCGAAAAUUGCAAAUCCUUUUUGUGUAGAUUGACUGGUAGAGCGAGCUAGCUACAACCAACUGUUGAUGAGGAUUAGUUAAUAGGUGAUCGAUCUAAGAUUCCAAGUUCAAGCCUCCCUUUUUAAGCAAGUUCUUUUUUCAACAAGUAGGAGCUGGAUGCUUUGAUAUUAACGCUACCUUUCAUGCAAGUGGUGAAGCUUCUAGAACGUAUGAUGAGUCAGAAAUGAAUGAUCCAACAAUGUGCAUUGUGUUCCCUCUUUACUCAUCUCAAGUUACAACCAAGAUUACGGCACAAACACAGUUGCUUUAACUGCUGCUUAAAAUGGAUGGACUAGCAAAGUAGCUUCAAGAUCUAACAACUUGAUGAGAAAUGGUGGUGCUGAUAGGAUCCGCCAUAGACUCAUAGUUGCAGCUAUAAGCUUCUACCCUCCAAAGAAUGCCCUCUUUGGACAUGGAUUUUCUGAGUUUUUGUUGGUACUUCCCCUGAUCAAAUUCCCUUAAUCAAGGACAAUUCGAGGAUAUAUAUGAAAGUGGAUGGAGUAAUGCUUCGAGGCAGCAUUAUGCAAAAAUCAUUUCAAGGAUUCCUUUGUUGUAUAUAUCCAUAUAAUAUCUGGCGUCGAGAAAAGUCUUCAUGAACUCAUACAUGAAUGGCAUGGGGCUUGGACUUUGAAAUAUAUCAAGUCAGGGGAGCUUUAAACAAUGGCUAGUGGCUGGUUUUGAUCAUCAUUGCAAAAACAGUAGAAAGACAGUGAGAGUGAGUUGCAACAGCAGUAAGGUCAGUAGAGGAGUUAGUUCUGGCAGAUGAUCAACAAUGAUUUGAUCUCCAGUUUCUCUUGGAACACACUCAGCACACUUGGUGGGAUUUAUCCCAAUUUGAUGGGAGAUUUUGACUUCCAACUUUAUUAUGGUGAUGACUAUGACAUUAGUGAUCCAAGAAUUUAUUCUUGAUGAUUUAUUGUUGUGCACAACUUCUGGUGUUUCCCAAAGUAGAAAAAACUUUGUUGUUAAGUUUGAUUAUUUUUCGCUUAAGUGGGUAGAGAGAGAAGAAGAAUACUUGUUGAGUGUGGUAUUUGGUAACCCUCUUUGGAACAGUGUAUUCUACACAGAUUUUUUUUUUAUCCAUGCAUCCCCAAAGCUUGAAAAGCUCAUUGUUAUCUUUCUAUUCCCUAUUCAAGUUGUUUUGUUGGAAAAGGAUUGCGGAGUUCAACUGUACAUUAGAAAUAUCUAUAUUGAUGAAAGCCCCACAUAAGCUUUCGAAAUGAUGUUCUUAGGCAAAGCCAACCUUGUAAACUCAAAUUGUUUUGAGCCAACAAUUUUAGACUAUUUGACCAGGUAUAUAUGAUGGACCACAGUUGAUCUUUAGAGGCUCAUUUUCAGAUAAUUAAAUGUAAAUUGACCUUCUUUCUAGCUCUUAAUUUUAAGAAUGAAAUUGUCCUUGGGUA